UCUCUGCUCAAGAUCAGUUACAAGAUGGAAGGUUUCCCAGGCCUGCAACUACUGUUGAUGCUCACAGGUCUUUUUGCAUCCUGUACGUCUUAUUUGUUCCCAAGUCCUUCUACUGCAAGUUUGCAAAACCUAGGAAAGAGUCCAAAAGAGAUCGUACUAACUCAAGGAACCUCCCUCAGAAUAAGAGCUUUCUGUGCCUAUGAAUAUUUGCAAGGAAACCUCGUUUGGUGCAAAGAAAAACAACCCAAUGAAUGCCGAUUCCAAAAUCCAAGAAAUCUCACAGAACUAGGAUGGCAAUAUCUGACUCCUGAAGCAAACCAAAAGAUCAUGCUUGAAGGUGUAGUGAAUGGUUGCAUUUUUUUACUCAUGAAGAAUCUCCAAAUUGAAGAUUCAGGGAGUUAUUGGUUUGGAAUUCAAAGCGGCAUGAAGAUGGGUUCCGUAAAGUCAAUCAAAGUGGUAGUUCAUCAUGAUGAGCACGGUCAUUUCUUGCCUGGCAUACCUGUCUCACCUCCAACAUCUAGGAUGCCAUUUACUUCCACUGUAUCAGGAAUGAAGACACGACAGAUGAUCAAGAUACAAGGAGAAUCUCUUAGUGUCAAGGCUUUUUGUUCCCAGCAAUAUGCGCAAACAGAGAAAGUUUGGUGCAAAGAGGAACUGACGAAAGAAUGCAAUCUUGCAGAGCCCAUAAGUUUCUCCGGAUCAGGAUGGAAAAGACUCACUACACAACCAAAUCAACGUGUCAUUCUAAAUGAUUUGGGAAACGGAUGUAUUUAUGUCUUCAUGUCAGCUCUUCAAUCAGAAGAUUCAGGGAUAUAUUGGUUUGGGGUUCUUGAUGGCCCCAAUAUAAUCCCUUUAGGAAACAUCAGGGUGACUGUUCAAACAGAACAGGAAAGGGAAGAUACCGGGACUGCAACCAGUGAAGAUGAACGAAGAGUUUACCAGGUUGUCUGGAUUCUGGUUUCCAUUGCUGUUGCUCUAACAAUUUUUGCUGCCUUCGCAUUAGUUGUCAUUGUGUUCAUCAAGAGAAAGAAGAGAGUGGAAGAUGACGUGAAUUAUGGUGAUAACCCAAACUGUAAAGUAAUAUCCUUACAGAUUCAUGAAAGCAACACUGCCCAAAGUUUGCAUGAAGAACAGAACACAAUAUAUUCCAUAGUGAAGAUGCCCGGAUCAAGCAAAGAUGUCAACAGAACAUUUCCAUUAAGAUCAAAUAUCGACAAGCAUUCCAGUGAGUCCAUUGGUACAGUUUCUCCUUCAGAUUCUGUGGAAUAUGCAAGCAUCUCCUUUUAAUCAUAUUUCACCUUUGGGGUCCAAAAAUAAAAUAAACUUCGUUCUCACUCUGCACAUCUGGAUUCCAAUGGCGAGAAUUUCAUUGGUUUUAGAAUUAUGAUCUCUCCUAGGAUACUUCUUUAAUUCCUCAGCUAAUUUAUUGACUAAUUUAUAAUUUUAAGAGCUGAUAUUUUAAAUCCUGUAAGUUCCAUUAUCUGAAAUAUCUGCACCACUUUGCUGCUCUGUGAAGAUACACAGCCUUGCAACUACUUAGAUAUGGACAACUUAGUCCCAAUUCUUCAUAUGAGACUCUUCUUUGUGCCUAUACUACUGAACAGAAUUAAUGGUUUGUUUUAUCACUAUUUUGAGGUAAGAGAGACAAAAACUAGCUUAGGCCUUAAAAUAGUAUAAAAAUCAAAAGAAACACCAAACAAACAAAAAUAGACAUCUGGAAUGAACUAGAGUGUGUACAGAUAAACUACACUGUGAAUAAAUCACAUAGACUUCUUUUGGUCCUUUCUUUAAAAAGCUUCAAAUUUCAUCCAUUCUAUGCAUGCUUUAAUAUAUUCACAAAUGUAAAAUUUAACACACAAUAUAUAUUUAAAUUGCUGUUAAAAUUAUUCAUGUUUAUGCAAGCAUUCUUCCUCAUAUGAGCAAAAUUUAUGCUUGGAAAGGGACAUGGGCUAUUUUAUGUAACACUUUACUGCAUAAUUAAAUCUGUAUAUGUUU